ACCCAGGUUUCAGCACGGUUGCCAAUGCGUUCACCGGCACAACGCGCCAUUGCCGCUGCAGGAGCGCCGGUUCACGCACCCACUCCACUCUCGCGCGGCUCGUCUCCACCGGCCUCCGCCGCGGCUGGACGCGCUAUAAAAAGCCGCGCCGUGUCAGCUACUGCUGCUCCUGUGCAAGCGCAACCAAGCUGAUCACUCGAUCGUCACCGACAAGCUAGCUAGCUGCGCCCGAGUGAGUGAACAAGUGAUGGCUCGGGGAAGAGGCAGAGCGAGCGGCGGCGGCCUCGCCGCGGCGCUCCUGAUCAUUGCCCUCCUCGUGGCGACGUCGAGCGCCCCGAUCGCCGAGGCGGCGGCGUCGCACAUGGUCGGCGACUACGGCGGCUGGAAGUUCAACGUCGACCGGUGGACCAAGGGGAGAACCUUCCGCGCCGGCGACCAGCUCGUGUUCAGGUACAACCGGGCGGUGCACGACGUGGCGGUGGUGGACGCGGCGGCGUACCGGAGCUGCGUGGUGCCCAGGGGCGCCAAGGUGCUGCGGAGCGGGCGCGACAAGGUAAGGCUCGGCAGGGGCACGCACUACUUCGUCUGCACCGUGCGGGGGCACUGCCAGGCCGGCAUGAAGAUCGCCGUCAGGGCAGUGUAGGGGCAGGGCUGGGCCGGGCCGUCUGGCUCCCAUGCAUCCGGCCUUAAGGUUCGUGGGAGCCUGAAAAAUCUGAUGCUAUCUAGUGGCGUGCGUGCUCAUCGUGUAUUCGUGUCGUUGUUUGUGAUGCUAUCCAGGCUCCGUGUUUGUUGCCGUUGUUGUGGUAUGUGUGUGCAACUAGUGUGGCUCUGUGAGUCAGCUUGGUUGUGACUUGUGACGUUGUGAGCUGCGAAAUACAGCACCUGUUGUUAAAUUCA